UCAUGAAUUCCCAAAAGCUUAAGUCAAAGUACAAAAACUCAAGCGAGAAGUUCAGAAAUCUCAUAAAGCUAAGCAGAGAAAUCAUUAAAUAGCCAGAAUGAAGAGGAAAGUAGGAAGAGAAUGAACCUAGAGCAGUGAAAUAAAAUAAGCUUUUAUAAGCCGAAUCCAGAAGUAGCCCGCAAACUUGAUCCAAAUACUCUGGAUUAUCAGAUAAGUUAUAAAUUUGCACUCAGAAAGAAGAGGUCAAAAUCAGCUUCUAGGAUGCGAGCUAGCACGAACCAGAAGAGCUCUCUGAGAGUUUCUCAGCUAUCUAUAGAAAACCUUUCACAAAAUAACAGAGAAGGGUAAAGGAUCCCUUGGUCCAUUUGGAACUAUUACUGUUGAAAAAUCUAAUCCUAAAUUUUUGAAAAUAAAACCUGAAAAGAUUAAAGAAGAUUCCAAAAAGAAGCCUAAGAAUCUGAAUAAAUCUCAGAUGCAUCAAAGUACCUCACAAGUCAGAAAAUUAAUAAUGCAAAAAGUUAAGGAUAAAUUUUUUGAAGAGAGAAAGAAAAGGGAUUUGAAUAAAAUAUCCGGAUUUCUCAGCAUCAAGAUUGACCCAAAACAGCCUCAAAAGCUGAUGUUCAAGCCAAAGACCAGUAAAAAUGGAAAGAGUAAGAAACUUUUCGGAAACAAAUCAAAAAGUGGUCUAAAUAAAAUCAAAGAAGAAACUGUUAAGACCUUUAAAAUAUUUAACAAUAAAACAAGAUCUAGUUGAAGUCCUAAUCAAAGAUUGACAAUGAAAAAGUUGAAGAAACUGACCAGAAACCUCAUCGUGCUCAGAAAAUCCUUAAAACCCAUAAAAUCAACGCUCCACGAUCCCACCAAUUUUUCCUUUUCAAAAUCCAGCUCACUCGCUUCCCUCCCACCUCCUGACUAUACCAUCAUCAACUCCGCCAAUGCAGGCUUGGGCACCUACAAAUGCUCAUUUGAAAAAUGACCGUAUAAGACUCCUGCGAAAUCUACGAAUAAAUUGUUCAGGCAGAUUAAUUGGUUAGGCUAA